AUGGGCUACGACCUGAAGAUUCUUGGUUUCCACGCAGAGGAACUUCAGUUGCUGUCCUUCUCGUCUCUACUCAACGUUCCUAUAUUUCUUAGAAACGAAGCUAUGUCCGUGACCCUCGGCACCGAAGCAGAUGCACAAGACUACCUACAAGUCAACCAGGCGUCAUGGGAUGCUCGAGCUGCGUCGCACGCGCAGAGCGAGAUGUACAAUCUGUCCGCAUAUAAGUCAGAUCCAUUGUACAUCUCUGACAUCGUGCAGUUCGAUCUCCCGCGCCUGCCAGCUGUAGACGGUUUGCAAAUCGCGCAUCUGCAGUGCCACAUCGGGACCGACACGCUCUCGCUCGCGCGCCUGGGCGCCGCGUCGGUCGUGGGGCUGGAUUUCUCAGGCGAGUCGCUGAAACAGGCUCGUGGUCUCGCCGGCGCUACCGCGGGUUCUGGUGGUGAGAAGGUCAGCUACGUGCAGGGUGAUGUUUACGACGCGGUGGAGUUGCUUGGACGGGAGUCGUUCGACCUCGUCUUUACCGGUAUUGGCUCGCUAUGCUGGCUCCCGAGCAUCUCUCGCUGGGCGGGAGUCGUCGCGGGGCUGCUCAAGCCUAGAGGGCGCUUCUUCAUCCGUGAAGGCCAUCCGAUCUUGUGGGCUGCGGACGACUCUGCCGUCAGUGAGGCUUAUCCAGCGGAACAGCUGUGCAUCGCGUAUCCGUACUAUGAGAGUGGAAGGCCGAUCAUCAACAACGAUGGGCUGAGCUACGUGGGUGAUUCGGGGGUUCCAGCAGAAGGAGGAGCUUCCAACACAUCCAAGAAGGAGAACGAAAUCUCAGGGGAAGCACCUACGAUAACUGCGACAAAGGAGUUCAAUCACGGACUGGGGGAGAUCAUUCAAGCAUUGAUCCAGGCCGGCUUGCGGAUCAGCAUGGUCGAGGAACAUGACUCGGUGACCUGGAAUGCGCUCCCAGGCCGAAUGGUCAAGAUGGAGUUGGCGGAGUAUCGUCUCGCGCAUGGACGUGACAGAAUGCCGUGUUCGUACACGAUCCAGGCGGUCAAAGACUAG